GGGGGAGGGAGCAAGCGAGCCCAAGUCAUUAGCAAUGAAAAUGUGGACAGGUAGUGAGAGUGUAAAUUACUCUAUUUCAAAAUGUAGCUAACUGUUGUUGGAUAACUGAACCUAUUUACAGUUUCCUCUGUGUAACCUUUGAAAGAGAAGGAAGUGAAGAGAGAGGGUUGCUCUGUACAGAGAAAACAAAUUAGCACACAACGAGCGAAGGAAGGGGUAGAGGAAAGAGUUAGACACAGAAAAAGUGUGACUGAGAGAGAGAGAGAGAGAGAGAGAGAGAGAGAGAGAGAGAGAGAGAGGGGUGUAGAGAAAAGUUUCUGGAGCCAGAAGUGGACAUUCUGUUUCUUCUCCUAUAACAGCAGUGUGAUGGAGGAGUACAAAGUGACUGUUGCUACCGGCACCUCUGAAUAUUCUGGAACGAAUAACUACAUAUACAUAACGUUGGUUGGAGAGAACGGAGAGAGUGAGAAAACGUUACUAGACAACCCUGGACUGGACUUCUGUAGAGGAGCGGUGGAUGACUAUAAGGUAUGUAGUCCCGCCCCUCUGGGACCUCUCCUCUUGGUUCGGCUGGAGAAACAGCGUUACUGGGUGGAGGACAACUGGUUCUGUCGCUAUGUCAUUGUGGAGCCACCUGGGGGCGCUGCAGUUCUCACCUUUCCCUGCUACCGCUGGCUCAUAGGAGAUAUCAAGGUGGAGAUUCGAGAAGGCACAGCAAAAAAACUAAGUGAUGACACUUCUCUGCUACUGGCUCACCGAAAAGCAGAACUACAGGAGAGACAGACAAUAUACAGGUGGUGUGUGUGGGCUCCCGGCAUUCCUAAGUGUAUUGACGCCAAGACUGAGGCAGACUUGCAUCAGGAUGUACGCUUCGACAAUGAGAAGAGGAGUGACUUUGAGAGAUCCUUACACUAUGCUCUGAUAGAGCUGUCUCUGAAGAAGCUGGCCAUCAGGUUUGGAAGGUCAUGGUGCGAUCUGGAUGACUUCAAACGAUGCUUCUGGAAGCUCAAAAGCCCCAUAGCAGAGUACUGUAUGGAGCAUUGGAAGGAGGACUGGUUCUUUGGCUACCAGUGUCUGAACGGUUCAAAUCCCCGCAUGAUCCAGCGCUGCAAGAAACUUCCGAAAAACUUCCCUGUGUCCGGAGACAUGGUGCAGGGCUCUUUGGCCCCAAGAACCACCCUAGAGAAGGAACUCAAGGAUGGAAACAUAUACCUAGUGGACUAUUCUGUCAUGGAUGGAGUUCCUCCAAAUGUGAUCAGAGGAAAGCCCCAGUACAUCUCGUCCCCCAUCUGUCUGCUGUAUGAACACCCAGACCAGGGUAUCAUACCUAUCGCCAUACAGCUAGCGCAGACUCCUGGCUUGGACACACCCAUCUUCUUGCCCAAAGACCCGCCCCUAGCCUGGCUAUUGGCCAAGAUCUGGGUGCGUAACUCUGAGUUCCAGGUGUUCCAGCUGCUGUCCCACCUGUUGAGAACUCACCUGUUUGUAGAGGUUUUCUGUGUGGCCACAAAGCGUCAGCUGCCAGCUGUACACCCCAUAUAUAAGCUCCUGGCUCCUCACCUGCGCUACACUCUGGAGAUCAACUGCAGGGGGCGCAGUCAGCUCGUCUCUCCUGAUGGUAUCUUCAAGAGGGUGGUGUCUACGGGAGGGGAUGGCCUGCUGAUCCUGUCUCAGAAGGAGUACAAGCUCCUGACAUACAAAUCGCUCAACCCCAAAUUAGACUUCCAUCUGCGUGGAACCACCAGCAUGAAAAACUACUUCUACAGGGAUCACUGCCUGCUGCUGUGGGACGCCAUUCACAGUUUUGUUAAAGGGAUGAUACUCCUGUACUACCCUCUGGACCGGGACGUGGCGGAGGACUCUGAGCUGCAGCUUUGGAUUAAGGACGUGGUUGAUGAGGGCUUCGUUGACAUCCCGAAGUUUGGUUUGUCCAACAAACUGAAAACCAGAGAAGAGCUGAUCACACUACUGAGUGUCGUCAUCUUCACCAGCACGGCCCAACAUGCAGCUACCAACAAUGGACAGUUCGACUGGUGUGCUUGGGUACCCAACACCCCGUGUACCAUGCGACACCCACCCCCGACCGACAAAGAUGCCGUUACCAUGGAGAUGAUCAUGGACACCCUCCCUGAUGUCAGCCAAACCUGUUUGGAGAUGGCGAUCACUUGGCACCUGGGACGGCCCCAACCUGACGCAGUCCCUUUGGGUCAGUAUCCAGAGGAGUACUUCACAGAGGCUAAGGCCCAGAAGGUGAUUGACAGUUUCAGACAAGAGCUGAAGGAGAUAGAGGAUCACAUCCUGAAGCAAAACGAAGGUCUGGAGCUGCCCUACCUCUUCCUGCUCCCCAGCCGCAUUGAGAACAGCAUCACUAUAUAAAUGAAUAACAGAACUUUAGUACAGAUCCUCAAGGCCAUGUAUGCAUCCCACACGCCCUACCUCUCUCUCCUGCAUGGCCCAGCUAUAGAUAAUAGACCUCAAUGUUGGAUGCUCAUCGUGACCUUUCUACUGAGGCCCACCUCUUGCUGAGAAAAGCCUGUUACAGUUUUUUACAAUCACUUUGGUACUAAUUUCAGAACCUUGAUGUCAUUUUUCAAAACUCUAGACACAAAACUCAAAACGGUCAUCACUUGUAACACAGGCUGUCUAAUGUUCAAAACAUUGCAUUAUGCAUUCAUAUCUUUAAAGAAAACAAAUGCAUUGUGAAAUACCAUUGAAACGUUAAUUUAGAUCACCCAAACACAAGCAACCGAUAGUUUCACUGUGUCAUUGUUCGUACAAUUAAUAAAUAUUGUAGUACAAAAUAGGUGAUACAUGUUUCAUUAUGGUACUAGAUGUAAAUACAUCCCUGUAAUAUUACUGCAGUAGUAUAGAGAAUACUAAAGACACAGUGGAAUCAUUGAACAAAAUCUGAAAUAUAUUGAUGAAAAACAAUACAGUACAAUCACAACAAAGGUUAAUUUGAAUCAAAGCAAAAUAUUUAGCUAUGAAAUAGAAAAGAAAGUACUGUAAAACAUCAAAUGCUGUGUUCCUCAACUUCCUUGCUUGUACUGUAAAAAGCAAAACAUAGCAGUGAUUACUGUACUUCUACAUUUUCAUCAACUCUGUCCUGUGGAUUUGGCCACAGGUUCUCAUCUACAUCACAAUUUCAUUAGCCAAACAUCUUGUUAAAAACCUUCGGGCAUGGCGAUUCUAAGCCUGACACUGGUCUGCCGUGAUAUCAUUGCAUGUGUCAUCCAUGGCCUGGAGAAGAGUGACUUGUUCAUGAGGGCACCUAUCAUAAACCUUCCAUCUCCAUGUGGAGAAAAAAUCCUCAAUCGGGUUAAGGAUAGGAGAGUAUGGGGGUAAAUACAGGGUGGUAAAUUGUGCAUGGGCCUGAAACCAUGCUUGCACCAUAUGAGCAUGGUGGAACCUGACAUAGUCCCACACAAUGACACAGGUCACGCCAUCAGCUCUACAGACCUGAUCGAGCUCAUCAAGGAAGGUUACAAGGAGAGCUGCAUUAUAUGAUCCAAUACGAGGUCUGCGUCCCACCACACCGUCUUCUGAUAUAGCCGCACACAUGGUAAUGUUGGCCCCAUGUUGUCCAGGGACUUGCUCGGUUGCCCGCUGGCCAAUGACAUUUCAAUCUCUCCUCCUUGUCUUGGCCAGGUUAAAGCCUGCCUCAUCCAAAUAUAUUAAUCAGCAUCCAGCCCCAUCACCCUCCAAAAAUACAUUUUGGAAAGAGAUUUACUGAUUACUGUACAAUGCAGAAUUUUUAGGGAAUUUGAUUACAACAGCCAUCUUGAAACUGAACAUACUCAGUCCUCAUUUGCUUCACUCUGUCUGCAUUUCUUUCAAAAGGCACACAGUAAAGUUGUUUUAAAGACCUGGUGCCUUUUCAGCAUGCGUGCAAUAGUCAGCGAACCUAUGGAUUCCACAUUGUUAAACGUCUUCAUUGUGGAUCUAAACAUGGAAUAUUGUUUGUCUGUUUUUAAAAGUAAUGCAACAGUUUUCAUUUUGAGCAGUUGUAUCAAUUGAUAGUUGGAUCAUUGUAAUGAAAUGAACAGACACUCAUCUGAAAUAUAAUGUGUGAAUUGCCUUUUGAAAUAGUCGUACUUUCAUGUUAAGUUGUCAUAUUGAACAGGUGAUUUUUGUUAAAUGAACAAAUAAUCUUAGUUUUGUGUAUUGUAUCCAAACAAUUGAAAAAAGUGUUAGUUUUGAAAAAUGUGCAUUUUGAUUUUUGAUUGAGUUUUGUGUCUAGAGUUUUGAAAAAUUACGUCAAGGUUCUGAAAUUAGUGCCAAAGUGAUUUUAAAAAACUGUAACGAUGGUUCUCCAGUAAACAUUGCCAAAAUUAACAAAAAUCGGUCAGAAUUAUAAGACUGCUGUGAUCUCCAUAUUUAAACAGUAAUUUUUAUUCACACAUCGGCCCAAUUAACCUAAAUUGGUCUUGGGUGCUGAAUAAGAACCUACAUUCCUACCAGGGUGACCCCUCACACAGGUGUGCUUUCACUUUUCAGAAGAAAUGUAGGCACAGGAGGAAAACUGUAAAUAUGAAUUUUGGGUAAACAUUGCAGUGGCAGGAUUGAAUGAAUGCUUGCAGUGGUCAGACUUAUGUUGACGUCGUCUGUCCAGAAGAUUACCGUAACCCUAACCAUUUACUGAAUGUGCUGUGCAUGGUAAUAACCUACCUGGCUUCCUCUGCUUUGAUCUCAAUGGGUUGGGUAAAUUCUAAUAAAGUGCUUUUGUGUAGCCAGAAUGGAGUCUAACAAAGAUGAAUACUAUGAUAAAUGACUGCACUAUUUAUAAUAAUGUGACUUUUAAUAUUAUAAUAUAUAUAAUGUUUUUCCUCUAGAAAUAAAAUAUAACAUUUGUGCUUGUUAGAUGGUUUUGAAAGAUUGUGAUCCGAGUACUACUGGCUAAAUCAGAUGAAUGAUAUUCAAGUAAAAUGAUUUCAAUUAAAGAGAAAAAUCA